AUGAUCGUACAUUACAAAUUAAUUUAGAUGCCACUGGAUAGCACUGUAUGUAAUAAUUGGUCAAUAAAUUAUCAAAUAGUUAAAACACUUCUUUAAACUGGAAAGAUAAAGAUUCAAUCUCAUGCGAGCGAUACCAGUGUAUAUGAUAAUUUUACAGACAGGUCAGAAACGAAAUUAUCAUUAAUUGAUGAGAAUGUUUUAGAAAUGAGUGCAGAUAUUAAUGCAGUCUACAGAUUUCUGAAAUUUUCGAAUGACAAUCAAAUUUCUUGUAAAACGAUGGAUGAUCUAGAAAGAGCUUUCUAGGAUAGAUUGUAAAUAAAGCUAAAUCUCAGCGGGAAAUUUUCAUAGUUUUCUUCUCCUAAUAUUGAAAAUAAUUUCGACAAUACUAUUACUGUUAAACAUAAUUCUGCAUCAAAUUUGAAAUCAGUGUAGCCCCGAAAUAAAUUCGUCUUUAGUGAAAUUAAAGAGGAAUCAAGCAAGAAAGAGACCUAGGAAGAUUACAAUGAAAUAUACGAAGAUAUAGGCUAAAUGCUUUUAAAUUUGAAAAAGUCUGAAAUUUUCAAUAAAACUCUCAUUUUCAAUGAUAGCACGAAGAGUAUCGAUAUUUAAAAUGCUAUUUAACGAUAGCAGCAGGAAAAUGUGAACGAUGAUGAUGAGGAGAGCUUUUAUCAAGCAAAACCAAUUAGUCCUAAUGAAUCAUUUUAUACUUAAAGAGUGCAAAGAAAUGAAUAUGAAGAAAUAGAAGAAGUCAAAUGCAUAGAAAUUGAUCAAGAUGUCUAAAAUAAGGAAUAAGCCGAUUUGGUUCUAGAUUUAUCGAAUUAUUAAGAAGAAGGUCUAGAAAUAGAAGAAGAGGAGCAAAUAUAGUAGUCCUUAUAAGUCCUGGAUCCUCAAGAAUCUUUUAUAUUUUGCACACCAAAGGCUAAUUUAUCAAUGAGCACUUAGGUAAUGAGAGUCAACACUGCUUAAAAUAUGCAGAGAAUAGAUAAGGAACAGUUUUCUUAAAAUUCAGAAGAUAGUUUUACUUCUGUAAGGGUUGUUGAUUAAACUCCGCAACUCUCUCACAAUCCAUUUGGAAGAACCAAUGUUGAAUCAGGAUAAAGUACAAUAAUAAUAAGAAAUAAUAAUGAUUAAGAUUCUAGCUUUAAUGAUUAAAGCAGCAUGCAAAGUUACACCUCUAUUAGAAAAAUUGAUGAUUCUGAUUCGAUGAGUUAACAGUCAAGCGGCACAAGUGUAAGGAAAUUAACUCUUGGUUCUCUGAUAUAUAAUUAAUCUUAGCUACUUGAUAAAUAUUAAAAAGGAGGGGAUACAAGCUUUAAGAACUCCAAUUAGUCCUAAAAUAUUAGAAAAUCAAAGACGAAAUUCAGCAAAUCAAAUACUCUUAACAAGGAUAUAACUUCUUAUGGAGUUCUUUUAAAGAAAUAAAUGACUCUGAAAAGCUCAAAUAAAGAUGACUGCUCAGUACGAUAGAUAACAAAAACAGAUAGUGAAGUAAGCUAGAGUGUGACUUCAAUAAGAAAAAUAACGACAAGCAGCUAGAAUGAUGACUAUGAAAAUCUUUAUUAUAAUAACAAUAUUGAGAAGGAAAAUGAAUCCUAGAGUUCUAAUUCAAUAUCUAUGAAUAGCUCUAACUUAGUGAGAAGACUUAAAUUUUCUAAUAGACAGCAAUAAAGUUCUAAAUGCAUUGUAAUGAACUCUCUAAACAACUUGGAUUUGUCUCAGCAGCCAAUAUUAGAAUGCCAUGAAGUUGAAUUAGAGAAUAGUGUGCUAACUACUGCAGGCAAUAGUAAGCAUAAGAAUUAUGAGGAUUAUCGUCAAAAUUUUGAUCGUAUUCUAAUGACUGAAUAACCAAUGAAUAAGAAAGUAGAGAGAUAACUUUUUUCAGACCUAACUUCCAAUAUGAAUAUAUAUUGA